GUCACUGAAGACAUUUGAACAAGAGGUAACACCAAGAUGAUCCUGUUGUCGAUGACACUGCUUCUUCUCCAUCAAGGAUAUGCACUGAUUUCAGUGAUCACAGUUCCACUUGGUCAACCGGUGACCUUCAUGUGUCUUUUCCCUGGAGCGGAGUAUAGCAACACACGAGUAAAGUGGUACAAGCAGAGUAUUGGUGAUUCACUUCUGUUAAUCACCACACUGUUAAAAGCUACUUCCACUCCUUCUUUUGAAAAAGGAUUUAAUUCCUUGCGAUUUGAUGCAAACUAUACCACAAUUACGAGCACUCUGACCAUUUUGAGGACAGUCCAAGGAGAUGAAGCAGUGUAUCACUGUGUAGUCUCCAACUGGAGUGAUGAAAAGUGGAGUGGGAUGUAUUUGUCUUUAAAAGAAAACACUCAGAACACAGCAAAAUAUACUGUUGUACAGUGGUCGACUGCAUCUGAUCCAGUCCGUCCAGGAGACUCUGUGACUCUCCAGUGUUCAGUCCUUUCUGACUCUGAGAGUAAAAGCUGUCCCGAAGAACACAAAGUGUACUGGUUCAGAGCUGGAUCAGAUGAAUCUCAUCUCAGUUUAAUUUAUGCUCAUGAAAACAGAAGUGAUCAAUGUGAAAAGAGUCCUGAGAUACGUUCUCCACAGAAAUGUGUCUACAGCUUCUCUAAGAAGGUCAGCUCCUCUGAUGCUGGGACUUAUUACUGUGCUGUGGCCACAUGUGGGGAGAUAUUAUUUGGAAAUGGAACAAAACUGGACAUUGAAGCUAAGCAACGGACAUCUGCUGAGAGUUGGGGAGCAGUGUGA